UUAGUAGGAAUAAUUGGUCUUUUUUCUACGUUUAAAGAAACAAAAAGUUUACCACAUAAAGAAAUGCUGUUGGCCAAAAUCCGGUACUGGCAACAUGUCAUUUUGUAUGUGGUCGUUCUAAUGGUGGGUAUGACCAAGAUCUUAUGUUUCACCAUUAGUUCACUGCCAGUCUCUUUGGUCAAGUUAAUGACAUCAAAUAUCUUCUUUGUGGAAGCUUUCAUCAUUUACAACCACCCUCCUAGCCUGAUAUUGGUGGAAAUCUUUGUGCACCAACUGCUGAUCUUCAGUGCUUUAUUGAGUGGACUGGCUACCUUUAUAGAAUUCCUGCUCACAAAGAACAAUGUAGUACUGGAGCUUCUGAGGUCAAGUCUCACCAUGCUCCAGGGGGCUUGUUUCCUUCAGAUUGGUUUUGUCCUGUAUCCCAAAAAUAUAGAACAUUCAUGGGACCUGAAUGAUCUCAACAGCACUAUGACUCUUUCCAUAUUCUUUUGUGCUUAUUAUUUAUCGACCUAUGUCAUCAUUGGAGUUAAUUAUGUUCUUGUUAGCUGGUAAGUUAAUGACUUGCACUCAUCAGAUAUGAUCAUCAAGACUCAACUUGAUGUUGAGUAGUUAAAUCUUAAAAUUUAAAUUCUUACCAUGAAUGAGGUUCUCCUAUUACUGUUCUAUAAGAAAAAGUAGUAUAACAGAAAAUUCUCUGGAAGCAUAUAAAUUGCCAAAAAACCAGUAAACGCUGACUCAAACUUGGAAUAGGUGUCUCUAGUGUACCUCUGACACAUACAUCAUCCUGCAGCAGAGUUACCUGUGGCUCCCUGGUGGGAGAUUUGAAUGUCCUC